AUCGUCGCCGCUGCCACCGUCUUUGCUGCUGUCGGACGCGUGCAGUGAUGUUUACCGUCGUCUCGUUCACCUCAUCCUGCAACUCGGUACCACUAAUGCAGGUCAUCGUUAUGAUCGUCCGUCAUUGAGCUUCUGUUCCCGUGCACUCGCGCUGGAUGCCGUUUCCAACACUAUACUACGCGGGGUCGAUAUUUAUAUCUCUUGUGGUUCAUGGCUCUUCAUUUGUUAUCCUCACACGAGCUAUGGUUUCGCGGAUUCCCGUUGGGGUUGUGGUUUUUUUUUGGCAAGGAUUCAGGGCUGAUGCGAAGCUUGGAACUUUAGAUUUCGAGUUUCUAUCAGCCUCACAGCCUUCAUUCUGUCUUUGCUGGACCCCUCAAAACACUACACCACUUAAAGUCCUCCGGAACAUUCGUUCAUCUUUCCCUCCAGUUUCGGUUGAAUCAAUUUUCUACCACUGACACCGCCACCACCACCAUCUAUCCUUCACCACUUUGCUUCUACGUCGGAUAAGUAAGCUAUAAUUCCCUUCAGCAGCACUUUUCCCCUUUCCCCUCUCCCCCACGCUUGAA